AUGUCUACGGCUAUGAACUUCGGGACUAAAAGCUUCAAGCCGAGGCCACCAGACAAAGGCUCUUUCCCUUUGGAUCAUUUCGGUGAAUGUACAGCAUUCAAAGAAAAAUUCAUGAAGUGUCUGAAGGAAAAUAGGUUUGAGAAUGCUUUGUGCAGACAGGAAUCAAAAGAAUAUUUAGAAUGCAGAAUGGAGAGGCAACUUAUGUCCAAAGAACCGCUGGAAAAGUUGGGAUUUAAAGACCUAACAGAAGAGAAAUCAGAAACCCAACCUAAGACAUUGUAAUGAAGAGAAAGGAAAAGGGAGAAAAUCCUGACCAUCUCUUAUGGAAAGCAGCAAAUCUUCAGUAGUACAUAUUGUGCAUUGUAUAUUUCAAAUGUGAUUGCAACA